UUAUCGAAGAGUACUAAGUAAUUGAGUAGUAUUGUACCAAACGCCAACACAGUCGCACGUAUGUCGCACGCGCGCGCUACAGUCCUGAUCUGCGCGUGCGCGCUCGUUGCAAACAUUGUUGCAAUUCCUGCGCCGCCGAGGAGAUCAGACAAUAAAGAUACUGAAAAGAUGCCGCAGGAGAGGACGAUUGUGAUUAGAAGAGUACCAAACGCCUACCUCUACCCUUUCAGUCUGUGGCCAUUACCGAAGUACCCUAUAACAGGUGUAAAGUUACUAGAAGCGAAUCCAGACGUAAAGAGACUAUACGAUGAUCUGCUCAGCAACUACAAUCGUCUUAUACGACCAGUGACGAAUGUUAGUGAUAUAUUGACUGUGAGACUCGGAUUAAAAUUGUCGCAGUUGAUGGAGGUGAACCUCAAGAACCAGGUUAUGACUACCAACCUUUGGGUGGAACAGAAAUGGUAUGACUAUAAGCUGCAAUGGAAUCCAGACGAUUAUGGCGGAGUUGAGAUGUUGUACGUCCCUUCAGAGCAUAUUUGGCUCCCAGAUAUCGUUCUUUAUAAUAACUGGGACGGAAAUUACGAAGUGACACUAAUGACGAAAGCAACUCUAAAGUACACGGGCGAAGUCAACUGGAAGCCGCCAGCGAUUUAUAAAUCAUCUUGCGAAAUAAACGUUGAGUAUUUUCCGUUUGAUGAACAAACGUGCUUCAUGAAGUUCGGUUCGUGGACGUAUAAUGGCGCUCAGGUUGAUUUAAAACAUAUGGAUCAGCUACCGGGCAGCAGUCUCGUGCAUGUCGGGAUAGAUCUAAGUGAAUUUUAUCUGUCUGUCGAAUGGGAUAUACUUGAAGUACCAGCUACUAGAAAUGAAGAAUAUUAUCCGUGCUGUCCUGAACCAUUUUCAGAUAUAACAUUUAAAUUAACAAUGCGAAGAAAAACACUUUUCUAUACAGUCAACUUGAUAAUUCCAUGCGUUGGUUUGACAUUUUUAACCGUGCUCGUGUUUUACUUACCAUCGGAUUCGGGAGAAAAGAUAUCGCUCUGCAUCUCCAUCCUGGUGUCCCUCACUGUGUUCUUCCUUGGUCUGGCCGAGAUCAUCCCGCCAACAUCCUUGGCGAUCCCUUUGCUUGGGAAAUAUCUACUAUUCACAAUGAUUCUCGUCUCGCUGAGCGUUUGGGUCACUGUAUGCAUUGUAAACGUCCAUUUCAGGUCACCAUCGACGCACACAAUGUCACCCUGGAUGAAGAAGCUGUUCCUACAGCUGAUGCCGAAGCUCCUCAUGAUGAGGAGGACCAAAUACUCAUUACCUGACUACGAUGACACCUUCGUAUCGAAUGGAUACACGAAUGAAUUGGAAAUGAGCAGGGACAGCCUGACCGAUGCGUUUGGAAGCACGAAGGGUGAUGAUGGCGAUUAUAGGAAAUCACCAGCGCCAGAGGACGAUAUGCUCGGAGCUGGGAUUCAUCAGAGACCUUCAGUAACGGAGUCUGAGAAUAUGUUGCCCCGUCACCUGUCUCCAGAAGUAGCAGCAGCUUUACAAAGCGUGCGUUUCAUUGCCCAGCACAUUAAGGACGCUGAUAAGGAUAAUGAGGUCGUAGAAGAUUGGAAAUUCAUGUCUAUGGUCUUGGAUCGCUUCUUCCUCUGGCUCUUCACCAUCGCCUGCUUCGUGGGCACCUUCGGCAUCAUCUUCCAAUCGCCAUCUCUUUACGAUACUAGGGUACCAGUAGACCAGCAGAUAUCAUCUAUACCAAUGCGUAAAAAUAAUUUCUUCUAUCCCAAAGACAUUGAGACGAUUGGAAUCAUAAAUUAAUGUAUUUUGAUUAUUAAUA